GCCAUCUCGCCAUCUGGCGUCAGCCUCGCUCGUCACUCACACCUGUGCAUACCCCCUCCCCUACGUCUCGGACACGACUUGACGCAUCACCGCCCGCCAUGCCGCAGCUCUCUCCGUCAGUGCUGAACGCACCCAACCUCGACCUGCCCGCGCGCAGGCCAGUUCCAACGAUGGCCCCGCUGCCAGAGCACCGCAGGGUGUCGUACCACGAGAGCACGCCCUUGCUCUCCGAGGCGCCGCCGAGCGCUGCCGCGAUCGCUGCCGGCCAGAGCGGCAUCAGUAUCGCCUCGGCCGGCGACACCGCGCACAAACACCACGGCGUGAUCGGCCUCAACCGCCCCGCGUCUACGACGAACGAGCUCAAGGUCCUCGUGCGGAAUAGUAUCCCCCUGACCAUGGGGCUGAUGCUCGAGAACGCGCUGAAUACGAUCAAUGUGCUCAUUGUUGGGCGGUUGGGACCGGGGGAGCUGGCGGUUGUCGGUAAUUCGAGUCUGCUGAUCCUUGUUACUGGCUUCCCCCUCCCCCUGGCGAUGGCAGCAGCCUUCACGACCCUCUCGGCGCCCCUCUACACGCAGGUAGACCACCGCUACGUGAUCGGCCAGGUGCUCCAGCGGACCAUCCUGCUGUCGGUCGUGCUUUCGUUCCUCAUCGCUCUGCUGUGGUGGAACAUCGGCCCGAUCCUGCUCGCGCUCAAGCAGCCCGAGGAGCUGGUACACGGCAUGAAGAGCUACAUGCGCUACGCGUCGCUCCUCCUCCCCGCGCUCGGCCUCUUCGAGAACAUGAAGAGCUUCCUGCAAGUCCAGGGGCUGAUGGCCGCGCCCCCGCUCGUGCUGCUCGCCAUCCUCCCGUUCCACACGCUGCUUGCUGUGUUUUUGGUGCACUACACGUCCCUUGGCGCGUCCGGCGCGGCACUCGCCACCGCGGCCACUAUGUGGACUGCGGGCCUCGGCUUGGUCCUCUACGUCUCGCGUACUCGCGCCAAGGAGUGCUGGGACGGCUGGACGCGCAAGGCUUGGGAGGACUGGGGCAGCAUUCUUUGGAUUGCGGUUCCCGGUGCUUUGAUGUUCGGCUCUGAGCUCUGGGCCUUUGAAAUCAUCGCCCUCCUCGCCGGCCGCCUCGGUGCGCACGCCGUCGCGGCUCAGGCCAUCAUCUCGACCCUCGACAACAUUGUCGCCAUGGUCCCCUAUGCCAUCUCCAUCGGCAUCGCCAACCGAGUCGGCAACCUGCUGGGAUUCGGCGCACGGGCAAUCAAGCGCGCCAAGAUGACUGUGCGCGCCGGCUUCUUCCUCGAGAUCCUCGUCUCGGGCACCUGCGGCGCCCUGGUCCUCAUCUACCGCCACCAGCUGCCGUACAUCUUCACAGACGAUAAGGCGGUGGCCGACGUCGCCGCGGACGCGGCCAUCUUUGUGGCCAGCUACCAGGUGUUUGACGGCCUGCAGAACGUCGGCGCGGCGUGCCUCCGCGCGUUUGGCCGCCAGAACGUCGGCUCCAUCAUCCACUUUGUGGGGUACUACCUCGUCGGCCUGCCCCUCGGCGCGUGGCUCGGCCUCGGCAGCCCGCACUGGGGCCUGAGCGGUCUGUGGGCCGGUGCGGCGAUCGCGCUCGGCUGCACGGCCGCCUCGGAGCUGCUCUUCGCCGCGACGAUCAAGUGGGAGGACGAGGUGGAGCGCGUGCAGCAGCGCGAGAUUGGCAGCGAUUCCGACGACGAGGACGAGGACGAGGAGGCGUGAGUGAGCGGGCCGACCGACCGGCCGGCUGCGCGGCGCGGGGCGUCGCCUGCGGCGGAAGGAAGGGGCCGAGGUGGCCGUUGCAACCAGCAAGGUCGUCUGAACGUCAAAAAGGCAAUGUAAUAUAGCAUAUUCAUGCAUCAUGUUGGGUGCGAGGUGAGCCGCGGCCCACCUGGCUGGCCACCCACCUGCUGCCCACCCA